AUGUUUUUGUUUAAGUCUUUCGGAGUAAUGCAUAAGGGUAGCUUAAGUAUGGAAAAUGUUUGUUUUCUUUUCUAUUUGUCGUAAAACAUCCGUAACUGUCAAAUAGAAAUCCCUUGAAAAGGAAAUGGCUAGCUCCAGUAACGAGGUGACCAUCAACCAGGAUACGCUACAGAGAGAACUGCAAGACCUUCGUGCUCUAAAGGAAAAAGUCAUCGAUGAGAGAAAACAGCACGAUGGUGAACUAAAAGGACUGAAUAUGCAAGUUCAAAGAAAGGUACGAUUUUGGUAAUACUAAAUUUCAUGUUAGAGUUUUCACGCGGCUGAUCGAAGCGAGCUUGUAGAUUUCAUCAAAUGAAAUAUAUACCUAAUUUCCUUCGUAAACUUUUAAUUUUAAAGCUAUCGAUUUGUUAAGAUUAAGUUUAAAAGUAAUUAAGGUAAGAACUACGACAGUUGAAUUACUUGUGUUAAGAAAUUACGAAAACUUUCUAAACUGCUGCAAACAGUUGGACGACGUAUGUCAACUAUAUAAGCUUAUUAGCUAAAUGUAGUUUGUUAUGUUGUCUUGAAUCAGCUGUGUUUAGCGGGAAACAUGUUUUUGCUGUUUUCUUUCCUAUCACUGAUUUGAUUUAUAGUUUUUAUCGUGGCCAUAAGGUGAAAUUACAUAAAUUUCUGAUAUUAAAUACAAAUUUAUUUACCCUAAAAUUGCUCGCACGAUAGUUUUUGUUGCAGUCAUGCAAGUUCAAUUGUUGAAUUAUCAGCAUUAGGGUGGGGAGGGGGAGGAGGUCAUGUUUUGCAGCAAUCCAGGAAAGUAAGAGGUGAUGUUGUAUUUUCAAAAAAGACGGUCACCUCAGAAUAACUUACUAGUUUAUGUUUUCCUUUUCCAAUUACUUUGGAGUAUCACCGUAGCCUAUGAAAAAAAUUAGAUAAAAUAAGUCAUGGUUUGAGAUUAUUUUGAUUAUUUUAUAGAAUGGAUUUUAAUAGGAAGAAAUAAUUGGAAUAUUAGGGAAAAUUUUGUUUGAUCAAUUAUCAGGCUGUGUCUUAAGCAAUAUUAUUGCAUCAUUAUUUUACUAUUUUCUAAACAUCACAUGCAGGUUCAAAUAAUCAACACAUGUUAACUAUGUGAUUAUCAAUUGAAUCAUAUGCAACAAUAAAUUAUGUAACUUUGGCUGUUAUGUAAUGUUGUUCUCAGUUAGAACUACACUUUGCACACUCAUUGUCAAUGUGCCUCAAAAGCUACAGUGUAUAUAGUAGCCAGUCAGUAGUUAGUUUUUAUCCUAAAAAAGGUAUAUUUUUUGGUAUGGGGGGAAUGGUAAACUUUUGCUUCAACAUUUCAGAAUUUGGUCAAGUCCUGUAAAACAAUCUUAUUAUUGGGUCCAUUGUUACUCCUAAGACCUUCCUCUAACAUUUAUGCCGCAUAUCAGACACAUCAUAAUGGUACUGCAUUUUUAUUUGUAUUGCCUGGAAAAAUUGCUGGAAUUACUUAGAGAAGGAGAAUUUUUUAAAGAAGAACAGUGGAGAACUUUAAAUCUGUAUUUCCAGGGUACUCCUAGCUUGUUAGGUCACACGCCAUUCAAUCAUAGUUCACUAAGAAACUGUGGUGCCUAUAAAUAAUAAAUAUCCAGAUUUAUGUAACCUUCUUUGUUAUGUAAUUGUGUUGUUAUCAGUACAGGCCUAGGAUGACAGUAGAAGGUAAAUAAAAAGAUGUUGAAUGUUGAAAAAAUGUAAGGGGGGUUUAGAUUUUGUAAACUGAGACAAACGUGAAAUUAACUGCCGUAAGCAUGAAUUUCUAAACUAUUCCAAACCCGCACACCCUUUUGUUUAAACUCAUCAACAAAGACGACAAGGCAUGAGGGGAGGUGCCACAGAUGCUGCUGGAGCCAAAAACUGCAGUCAAGUGCAGUGUGCAUGCAGUGUAUAACCAACCUGUGAGUAAGCGGCAUCCACCCUGCAGGCACUGUAACACUUCUAACCAGUAGAACCUUAGCAUGCUUACCUUAUACUUACAAAAAGGUCAGGGUGGGAUAGGGAGCAGAACGUUAGAUGAAAAUAACCAAAGUAAAGCAACAAAUACAAGUGGCCUGACCUUGACAGAGAAAGCUGCAAAUUUCCAAAGUCCCCUGCAAAGCUAUCCCAGAUGUUAAUCAUAGGUGAAAGACUGCUGCCAGCAGUGUCUUGAGCCUAAAUUUUGUUUAGCUAUGUAGCAAGAGUAUGGCUGUUGUAUAGACUUUGUGCACUCGGGGCAUUACUUAAAACUGAACUCAGACUGUUUCUACAAUAAAGUUUUCUUGGUAGUAAGAAUGAUAUUAUUGUCAUUGAUGAUGAUUUUCUCCACAGAAUGAUGCAUGCACAAAGCUGCAGGCCGGAGUAAGGUACAAAACAGAAGCCAGAAUUGACGAAGCAAUCAGGUUUGUACCAUUGUCAGUUUUGUGUAAGUGUAUAAAUACUCAUAUUGCAUGACAUCAAAAGAAAAAACAAUAUUGUCACAGUACAGGGAGGUAAAGGUUUUUGACGAACUCAUGAGUUAAUGUAAAACAAAUAAAACAAUAAGUGCAAAACAACAGAGAUCAGUAGCAUGGUUCACGUGUGCAAACGUCAAGCUGUUCAUACAGUGUAUAUGAAUUAUUGUAAUAUCUCCCCCACAUUAUUUUAUAGCCACAAGGCUGUCCAUUGGGGUAAACAAUAAUACCAAGUUGAACUACAGAUCUGCCAAAAAACAAGGAUUUUUACUGAAUUCUAAAUUUUUAAGAGAAUUGUGUUUUACAAAAAUGUGUUUUAGUUUGGCCGUCAUGUGUAACAUUCACACGCACCAAAUUCAAAUUUUGACAACAUUUCAUAUGUUUGCCGUUACCGAUUUGAGCAGGAUUGAUAUCCUACAUCAAAAUUAUUUAGGGAUUUUAGUUGAAUGGGUCAAACUUUGUGAAGAAAAGCUGUCCUUGAGAAAAAUGAGCAUUUCUGCACCAGUGUACUAGUGUCACGAAAAAUCAGAAAUACGCAUGACAUUUUGAUGUAUAGGUUGCUGCAAUGAUGAAACAGCCUUAAAAACAGAAUGUUCACAGGUUUAAAACAGUCAAUCCUGAAAAUUUCAGCUAAUUUCAUCGUCAUCUUCCCAAGAACGAAGCAAAUUUCUUUUUCACAAAAACUGUGAAACGCACGAUGUUUACACCAGAUUUUUGCAACGAAGGCAAAAUGUAAACAGUCCCCAUGUGCGAAGCAUAAAACCGACCAUGCUGAUUUUCUUGAUGUGUCAUUCUCAUCUCACAAUAAUUAUUGUAUGGUAAAAUAUAAGAAACUGUGUGCAUUAGAAGCAAUUCUAAGUCCCAAACGUUGAAAUGUUCUAAGGAAGGUUUCAGCUUACUUUCAGCAACAUGGAUCGCAAAGAGACACAUCAACCUCGCAAACUUUGUCCCCCUGAUUUUGCUCACUUUAACUCAAAGGAGGGCUUCACAAUGGCCUUAAGUAACCACCCAAGAACUUUCCAGAAGCUUUUUGUCAUGCAACCACAGGGAACCUAGACUCACAACAGCUUACUGGAAGCUGAAUUUUAAGGAUUUGUGUGGGAAUUAAUCCUAAGAUUGAUAAAACAGUUAAAAUGUACAUAAAUAAUAACUGUUUAUUCACAAAUCCAAAUCGAAAAAGUGAAAAGGAGAUAAAAGAGGUUAUCCCUUUCUAGUUUAUCUCCUGAUAAUAAAAUCCAUUAAGAAAUAAAUUAUUUACAACUGUUUAAAAUAGUAACUAUAUAUGUAUAUAAAACAUCACACAGUAAAAGAACUUAGUGUUCACUAGAAAAAUCGAUAAGAUAACGUCUCAGUCUGUUCUUGAAAAUAUUCAAAUUCUCCGCCUCAGCAACUUCCUUUGGGAGAUUGUUCCACUUAUCUAUUAUGCGUAUAAAAAAAGAAUGUUUAAAACUAUUUAAAGUUGCUGAUGUAAGCUUAAGUUUAAAACGAUGGUUGGCUCUUAAGGGUGGAAAAUCAUGUGCAAAUGUAAAAAAUGCAUAAAUGUUUUCUUACUAUUUCCUGCCCUAUAAACAUCAUUUCAGUAAGAUUUAACGUCUUGUUCUCUUACCUACUAAGAAGAAGACAAGCGAAAACUUGGCUGUCCUAGUACACUGUCCGAAGAAAAAGCUACAAAAGUUACCUUUCUUCUACUCCAAUCGUUCCAAAUCUUCACUUGAGCUGUUAGACCAGAGAUUUUCCUUUAAUUUCUUGAAAACGUCAGUUUAGUUCCAAACAUCGAGCCAUGGCCUCAAAAUAAGUAAUGUAGCUAAAAAAUUGAAACUUAUGUAUUUUGAGCUCCUCUGUGCUAUUCACAUCACCACAUAACAUCAGGAGCCCUGAAAGUUGAGGUUAUGAGUAGUCUGUAGCUAUUUUGCUGCACAAAGAAGUUUGUUUUUAGCUGAUAGAAGAACAAUUGAGAUUCUUAAAUUGCUUUCAGAAGGUUGUUCUGUUAUUAUUAGUGGUUUAACUUAUUGAUGUAUUGUUUGUGUAUUAACAGGAAGCUUGAGCAUCAAAUGCAAGCUCAACAGCUCAAGAUAAGUGAAGAAAAAAGGCUGGUUGCAGAAAUUGACAUUUUAAAGCGGUCAAAGAGGAAUUUAAAGUAUGUAUUGAGUAUGUUUUAAAAGUUUUGCUGUUCAUAUGUGGUUUCCAACUUUAUCAGUUUUUUAUGAGGGUAUUAGUCAUUCAGUGUAAAUAAGGACUUUCGUGUCAAUGAAUACAGCAUUGAAUUAAUAGUGCAUCCUCAAGUUCUCAGUAAGAGUGUUAUUACACUAGCUACCUUCUCCAGUGAGAUGCUAUAAUAGUACCAUCCUUAUUGAGUUGCCUGUACCCAUCUAUGCACUGGGGUGGAAUUGAGGUUUCCUGUCCAAGUCAGUCAGGUUAUUAGCUUGGUCAGGAUAAGAAGUUCUUAUUAAAGGGUUGGUUUAAUAUGUUAAUUGCCAUGGUCACAUUCUUCCAUUUUGUACAAAAUUAAGUUUACCAUCAUGAUGAUAGCAUCCUUGAAUAAUGAUAUUAUAUUUAGUAGUUCUUAAAAUUAAAGAUAAAGGAUGUUUAGUGUGACAGUGGUAGUGUACAUGUAAGCCACGUACAUUCCAGGUUGUUUAUUUUCUUGACAGAAAUGUGUCACUGAAGUGUUGAGUUGAACACCAGUUGAGAAUUAUACCAAAUUUCCCCAAAUGUUUCUUUUUUUCUCUCUGUGUGUGAUCCUUGAUGACCUUCUUUUACCAGUGAAACUAAUUAAAGUGAGAAAAGCCAGUCAUCACAUUGGAAAAAAUCUUUACUAUAAAUCAGAUAGUUAUGUUGUUGUUCAAUUUAAUCCUAUUUUCCUUGGUUCAAAUUUUAUUUUUCUUUAUUUCAAACUCAUUAUCAUAUAUCACCAUACCCAAAAACAAAGGAAAAUAAAAUUUAAACCAAGGACAAAAUUGACCCACAACAUAUACAAGGUGUACAUAUCUAUAGAGAUAUCAGUUGACCCACCAACAUCAACCCCCUUCCCGCCCUCAUAAAGAGACCCAAAUAAUUUGGCCCAGUCCCCAAACUACAGUAUAACAUAGGUGAAGGUUAGGAAGCAGUAUCAAGUCUUGUAUUCGUAACAGACUGUCAAAACUCACUUCUGUGAUGAAAAAGUCCCGUCAGUUAUAAAUUUAUUGUUGCAUUAAAUAUGCAAAGUUUUCAAUAAGAGCUGGCGGCCAGUGAAAUUUGCCAGCUAUUUCACAUGAACUUGCUGCCUACUUUUGGAAAUGACCCCUAGUGAGUUUUUACAAAUAACAUGAGAAACAUACGCAGAGCGGGAGGUCAAGUGUUUAAUUCCCGGGGCUGGACCUGUCCAAUACUCAGGGUCUACAGAUAACUGAGAACUGAAAGUACUAAUUCUUUUACCCUGCAUAGGUCUAUACUUUCCCAUGGUUCAGAGGACCUUGUAAAAUGGUGUUCCUGUCUCCAAAAGGAGGUCUCAUGCUAAAUACAUUGAUACUCACAUCAAGUGCAUUGUAUUUUCUAUUUGUGCUCUAUCCAGGAAAUUUAAUAUUAUACAAAUGUUAAAUAAUUAAAGUAAAAGAGCCCAAGUGUGUUUACAGGUCAUGAAAUGAUAUAUCAUCGUAUCGUAUUAUCCUUUUUACUCAACAGUGAAUACUUGGCUCUUAAACAGCUUGUAGAUCAGUUGAGAAUUAGACAGAGAGCAAUCAGAGGAGAGAGAGAUGUAAGUAAUGUCUAUAUAGACUAACUACAUGUGUUACACUCUCUUGAAACUGUUAUCUAUGUCAGUAAUGUUGUAUUUUGAAGUUUCAUUGUUUGUCUUCUAGGCAUGUGUUAAAAAAAUAAACCGCUUAAAAUCUAGAGAGGAAGAAAUCAAGAACCUUUUAGAUUCUGAUGCUGCUGGUGUUAGUGAAGAAAUGGAAAAACAGCGUCUUAAGCAACUGAAUGAAGUAGAAGCUCUCAAAAAAGGUAGUUUUUUUAGAAGUGCUGUUUCAUGAGCGUCAUCAGACAUGUCUAUAGGUUUUAAGAAAAUUAUAAUUUUCUUCAGUGAUAAAAAUAUUUUCAAUUAUAAACACUUCAUAGGCCUACAUGGAUUAACCCAGACUUGAAUUUUGAGGAAAUUAAUGGGCACGAUCCAUUCAACCAAAAUUCAGACCGGUCCGACCGGGAAAAGAGGACCACCUCAAAAGGUGGACCUGUUUUUUCGAAACUUUUCUGGUUGGACCAAACCGAUCCAUUGAGUUUUGGACCGAAAUUUCCGGAAAUUUUGGUUGAAUGGAUCGCGCCCAAUAAUUCCAUGGUGUUUCUUUUAAGGUGUGAAUUAUUUUAAGUUAAUAAUUGGACUCAGAAAACAAGGAUUGCAGAUUUCUGGCUUCUCCUUGGUAAUGUUAUAAUUUCACAGAUGAAAUAUUGAAUAGAAUCAAUAAAUGCCUAGAAUGAUUACAUAUCUACUGUAGUUACCCUAAAUUUUGAUCCCAUUAAAGAAUAUUUAUUUCUAAUUCUCCUGACUUAAAAUAAGAUCAAUUCACAGCAAAAUGUUUACUAUGUCCCAGCCAUUGUGUUAUAUUUUCAACAUUACAUGUACUGAGUAAACCUUAAUAGUUUAGAUACUGAUAUCCUCUUGAUGUGUCUGCCAUGGUACAGGUACACUAUGUUUCUUAGAUUAAUAGUAUUAUGAAUCUUCAGGUUUGUUAAUGUGAUAGACUUUCCAACUGCCACAACUUUGUUGUGUGUCUCACGAUUUCACAACCUAUUUCAUGCCCCCACGAGUUAAUAACUGAUUGCUCACACUUUCUGGAAACUCACACCCCAAAAAUCGUUUUAAUAGAGCAUCGUAGUGGAGUUCAUUUCCAUUAGUUAAUAGAUAGCAAACUCAAUAUGAAGAAAAUGCCUAGAGUUCGCAUUUGAUGGGUAAACGUUGGUGCUUAUCUAACACUCUUCAACCUACCUCGAACCUUACCAUCAGUUGCUCCUGCCACCAUAUUAAAGUCACUGUUACAAAUAAACUUAAAUCUCUCAUUUAAAGGUGGCUCCAACAAACGUGUUGAUGUCAGCAGAGACAAAGGAGUUUGAACAUGAUGUUUACUGCUCCAGCUUUAAAUUAAAAUGUGACUUCUAAUACUCAUAUCUCUGCAGGAAGUCCUUCCACUAGAAAUGUAGGACAUCUUGCAACUUAUAUUCCCACUUGUCACUAAUUUUCCCAGCCCACAGGGUCAGAAUCUCAAGAUAUUUCCUCUAGGGGGUUGGAAGGUCUGAUGUUUUCUCCAGGGUUCUGGGCCACUUACCGGUACAAUGUAUUUUCAAUUAAUUUUGUCCAUUCAGGCUAGCAGAUCUGUGAUUUAAUAUUCCUUUUUUUUCAAAUCUGUACAAGAACUUGAUGAACUUCACAUCAAAAAAAGAGAUAUUAAAAGCAAUUUUACAAAGGAGCAGAGGAGGUACUAUUCCAAUGUGAAGGAGAUAAGAGCUCAGAAACAAAAAGAAGACCAUGACAAGAGGAAUAAAGAUAGAUUUUCUUCACUUAAAGAUGUACAUGUGUAAGUUGAGAUAAUUAAUUGUCAGUAGAAAAAGCCACAUACAUAACACAUAGAAGACACAUAGAAGAGUCGAGUCUUGGAAAUAGUGAUUUGGGUUCUUUUUAAACAUUUGCUAAUAAUUUUCUUUUUGCGUUUACAAAAGUACUCCUAAUCUUUAAGUUAAGCAAAAAAAAUUUUCUUUGUGGGGCUAUAGCCCACCCAGACACGGCUGUACUGUUUGGUGACCAACCCAUUUGUUUUUCUUUGUUUUAAUAUUUGGAGAAAGAUAAAUGGUCCUACCAGUAAAUGCUUGUCAUUCCCACCACUUGGUGAUGUGCCAGUUAAUGGGAAUGUAAAACACAAUAACUGGGAUUCAUCAAACAAACCCAAAUAGUAAAUUUGCCACCUGACAGAGAGGAUUUAAUGAAUGAUGUUUUAAAGCUCAAUAUAUUUUACUCAUAUCGGCUAACACUCAGAAUGUCAGCAUAGUUGAUAAAUCUGUUUGGCGUAUAUUUUUAUCAACUGGAAAUGUGUUCUUGUUAACACAAAUCAAAGUAUGGUUCAAGGUAUACAACUGAGCUUACUUCCUGCUAGCCUGCUGCAAACUUUUUAUGUUCUCCUUCUUGUGCUUACAAACAAUAAUUUGUUUCACCUUUUUUGCCUGUUUUGCGUUCAAGAUUUUUGCACCCCCCUCCAAAAGAAUAAUGGUCCAUUUCUUUGGAAUACCAAUUGCCCUCCCCAGAAGAGUGGAGGUUUAUCCAGUGGGUAGAAAGUGGUUAGAGUUGUCCAAACCCUUGUCCUGCCCAUCUAUGUUCUUAUGUUGAUCACUUUUUUACAGAUCAAGAAGAAGUAAACAGCAGCCAUAUGAAAAGGAGAAAGCACUCUGUGACACAUUGAUGGCCCACUUAGAAAAGCUACAUAAAACUCUGUUGCCUGAUGUGCAGGUCUCACCAUUACCUGACAAGGAUCCUGCUCCCUCAUUAUCGGCAAAUACUGGUGAGCAACAAUAGGGACCAGCUUCUUUUCCUACUUCUAAUAAUUUUGUUCAUGGUCAGUCAUGCAAGUCUUUAAAAGGAUGGGUCUUACUGAAGGAAGGAGGUCUCGGAGACCAGUAUAAGGGAUUUAGGUGAUCUGAAGUACAAGAGAAUUUUAUCAUUAGAAGCAAUGAUAGUUAGAAAUCAUUGGAUGAGGCUUAGUAUCAUCUGAAGAAUUAUGGAGAUUUAGGAAGAUGUUAUCAUGAAUAACACCCUCCAAGAUCUACAUAAUUCUGUGGAUGAUGGAUCAUGUUGUGGAUACAUACUCUUUGGGAGGUGGAGAUGUAACAGUAACAGUACAUCAUGUAGUUUAAGCACAGGUAGCCCAAGCUCGAAAUAUUAGCAUUGGCGAACAUUGGCAUUGUUGCAUAACAUUCGAAAUAUGAGGAUUUGUAUGGCAAAAAACCCUUUCAUUUUCGUAGGUUACAGAAAUGAUAGGUCUUUUUGCUAUACAAAUCCUUAUAUUUCAAAUGUUACGCGACAAUGCCGAAUGUUCACCAAAGCUCAUAUUUCGAGCUUGGGCUACCUGUGUUGAAAGUAGAGGCAGAAGUAAAAAUUAUCUUUUGGUAACUUGUAGGUAGAUUGCAAUAAAUUAGAGUGCACAGUGUCAGUGAUUGUUAAGUGCUGUUUUUGUGCGGUUAGCCUAACAAGUGGUCAACUACGGUUGGUUAUGUUCUGAGUGUGGAUUUCAAGUUUAAUAUUAACCUAUUUCAGCUGUUGAGUUUUCAAAGUCUGAUGGUGAGGGAACCUUUCUCAGGCGCAAAUCAGCCACUGAUGAUCUUGUCGGAGUUUUUGCUGGAAUUGCUAGAACCACAAGGAGAGGCAGCCGAAAGGGAAGAAGAUCCUCAGGAAAGGAGGUCAGUAACUUUUCUACUGAAUUAAUUACUUACGAUGUUUUCAUUGACUUUGUUUGACUUGAUGUUUUCAGUAUACCAAAUUGCAAAAUUUUAUUUUCUACUAUUAUUAUUUGUAUUAAAAUGUAAACAUAUUCUUGAUGAAGAAUAUGUAAUUAGUUUUGCAUGAACACACUAUUAUUCAAUAUCACAUAAAUAAAUAAUGAAAUAAUGAAAUAGUAACAAACAGUAACAAAAUACAAAAGGAGCGUUUAUAGUGUAUAAUAAUAUAUUAACCUAAGUAGUGAACACAGAAACUGAAAAAUCUGGAGCAUUUGAAGGAUUUAAGUUUUACAUUAGUGGGCUGUUGGCAAAACCUGGAUUUGUUGCUGUGGAUGGUUGAAGCUGAGGAAGUCAAAGAAAGAAAAGGUAGAAGAAAUAAUGAGGCCCAUCUGUAAGAACAGGUUGAACUGACCGGACUUUCGUGAGUUAAACUUAUUAAUCGUCUGAUAAUUGAAGAUGACUCUAACUUUAAUUGGUUACGCGUUGUAUGACUCGAUCAAUUAUUUAUCACUUUCAUGGCCCGCUUUAUGCUUUUUUCUCUCUUUUCUCCAUGCUGAUAGUAACAAAAUUAUAAAUCGCCUGAUAAUCGAAGAUGUCUUGAACUUUAAUUGGUUACGCACUGUACAACUCGAUCAAUUAUUUAUCGCUUUCAUGGCCCGCUAUGCUUUUUUCUCUCUUUUCUCCAUGCUGAUAGUAACAAAAAGACUCUUGAUUGCAAACAGGUCAAAAUUUUAAUGAAACUGAAUUAUACAAAACAAGUUUCUUUUUACUGCUUUCAUUUUAAAUUAUUAAAGAAGAUGAAAACUGAAAAGCGACUCACUUUGUUGACUUUGUGUCAUGCUUUCUUGCCACUGAAAAAUGGCAGGGCAAAUAUCGACACGGACGGGGUGUAUUGCCUGAUACCCGCCCUCCGAUUUGAUACUAUGUGACCCAAAAUAGCCCACAAAAUCGUGCGAAAAUUAAUCAGUGGAUUAUAAAAUGAUAUAUUAACCCAAGUAGUGAACAAUUUCUUUUUUUCCAGUGCAUUUUAUUCAUAAGAUAAAUCUUGUGAUUUUAGAUUGGAUAAUGUCACUUGUGCUCUUGUGUGUAAUGUUUCACACAUAUCGAAAGAAUAUCUUGUCCACAAGCUGGAUACUACUGUUCGGCUGUCAGACUGACUUUCAAUAAUUUGCACCUGAACCAUCUCAAAGCAAUAGCAUAGAUUGACAUAAAUUUGUUUCAGAGCAUUCCAUUAUGGUAUGGACAAGCGAAUCUUGCUUUGUGCAUAAGAUGCACUCACUGGUGGUAAUUUUUUACUUCCUUUUUUUUUGUAACAGUUUUCCCCUAAAAUGGCACCUUUGUGGGAUAACUGUUAUAAUGUACUGUAGAUAGCAUCAUCAACAGCUGUGCGUGUUUCCGGCAUAUUUUCUCUUUCUUGUUCUUUGCAUUUUCCUGAGACACAUUUCAAAGUGCCUUUUUGCGUUUCAGGUUCCACGUAAAUUAAACCUUCAUCCAGAUGUUGUGGAAAAUCUUUUGGCUCUCAGUUUAUCCCCUCCCAGCACUUAUGUCGACAUUCCAAAAGUACUUGAAGAACUUCAAGAGAGGAGGGUAAGUUGAUUAGGUGAUCUGAAGUAGCCAGCAGUUGAGAAGCGACACAUGGUAUGUGGUAGAGUCAAAAGAAACCAUUUACGUGAUUCAUAUGUGACCAUAUAUAUGUAUAUUUUGUUUGUAGUCUUGAUACUCUGUUAUCAGUUCUUUCCAUUCCCCCUAAAAAUAGCCAUUGUUAAGGUAUGUGUUUCAUUGAUACCCUUAACUAUGGAAAAUAUUACAAAUCAAACAAGCAUGGUUUAAAACUACAACGACAUUGUAGCAUAGAGCAAGCAAGCUAGUUGGUUAUUUACCGAUAUGGCCGAAGAAAUGAACUCAGCAAAGAAAGGUACUUCCACUGUAAACGUGGUACCUGUUAACUGUAAUCUGAAAUGGGUCUUUCCUGUAGGUCAAGUGUUUUUAAACUUUUGAGACAAAAAGAUUUAAUUGUACUAAACUCCAAUUUGCACCACAACUUACAUAAUUAUAUUUUAGAGAGGUGCUGAUUAUGCUUAUCUGAAAAAUAACCUUUUUUCUGCAUUUUUGGUCUUUUGUAGGACUUCUUUGAUAGGGCCAUAACUUCCAACACUGCUUUGACUCUUCCAAGUAAUGAUCUUAUGUCCCCAAUCACAGAAGAAGCAGCCCCUAAAUUUCCAAGUUUGUUCAAAGGGAAGAGUGAGGAUGAAAAUCCUGAGGAAAUUAAUGAAACUGAAAAUAUUUCAUCUGGAAAAGGUAGCACAGAAGAUCAAGAAGAUAAUUCCAUGGAAGGUCAAGCGUCAUCAGUGUGUAUCCAGGAUGAGCAGAUGGUUUUAGAUAAAAGCGUUGACAAAUCAAACAAUAAUGCUCUACUGGUAGAUGAUUAUUCUCAUAAAUCAGAGAGGGAAGAAAAACAAAGUCUCUCUUAUUUUUCACAGCUGCAAAAUGAAGCAGCAGCUAAUGAACAUGGUGCUACUGACAUAGGAGCAGAUGUUACUGAGGGAAACUGUGAAGUAAGUGCAGCUGAAUUAGAGUACAAUAACACUCUGAAUGCUGCUAAGAAGAAAGAUUCGGACGUACAUGAUUUUUUGUCCUCUGUUAAUGGAGAUGUACACGUCUUGGAUGAGCCUGCCAGUACAGACUCUGUUGACAAUGAUAAGGAAACUGAGAAACAGAAAGAAACCAUCACUUUCUCCGAUAAACUGCUACAGCCCAACUGCAAGACUGGAAUCGUUGCCAAAGAGGAAAGCUUUAUCCAGGAUUUGCAAAUUCAUUCUAGUAAUUGCACAAGCCCUUCUCCUCGCAGCAGUAGGUUGUUGUUGAAUGAGAAAGAUUUGGAAGCUGUUUAUGACAGAAGCUUAGUAAAGGUACAAUGUGAAAAGUGCCCGGCUUAGUGUGACAAGUGUACUGUUAAUAGUGCACAUGAGGGAAUAAUACAUCAAUACACGUACUUCUUCAUUCAUCCUUACUGUAAGCCGCUGCAUAAAAUAUCAUAAUAUUUCUUACUGUUCCGGAUCAGCAUUGUUAUUCCAGCCUUCUUUAUUAGCAUGCUAUGAUGAAAUUCAGAGUUCUUGUAAGCAUCUUGUGCUAGAACGCAGCUUUUCCUGUUAUUUGAGGAAUCCUUGAAGCUUACGCUGUAAUUCUAAAAAAGUUGGGAAGAAGGAAUCAGACCUUAAUAAGCCUAAGAAAAGCCCAAGGAAACAGCCCAUAUCGCGAAAUGUCGGGUGUUUUCUCAGGCUAGCACAAGACCAGAACGAUGAUUUCACAAGUAUAUUGUGAACAUUGCUAUUUGCUAUGCCAAUGUGCGGAGUGUGCUUAUUAACGUCCAGGGCCGGGUUGUUCGAAGCUGGGUUAAGAUAACCCAGGGUUAGUGCGAACUUUGAACUCAGAUAUUAGAGCUUAAAAUUCAAAUUCAGUUUAAUUCUUUUUGCCUACAAGUUGAUGAUUGGAUACUCUAAAAAGAAUACAGAAAAUUAUCCGAGAGAGUGCUUUUGAUAACAAGAAAAAGAAAUCCGGAUAUAAAUUUAACCACGGGUUAGUGCUAACCGGCGUUCGAAUAACUGGGCCCAGAAGCUGACGCAGCGCAAGUGCGUGUUGUGCUUAGAACAAAACUGGCUAUCGGAAUAUAAUCAAGAAACAUGAUCUAAAGAAAUUGUGGUAUUCUGUGAAGUGGACUAAAAUGUACAUAAGGUUUGUAGUAUUCCGUCUCUUAAAUGCAUGCUACAAUAUUUAUUGCAUGAUAUCCAUGUCAGCAUUGUUCCCAAUUGAGUUGGCACUGCUACUUUGGUUUUGUUUUGCUGUGAUUUGCGUCACUUUCUCACCAAUCACAAAACGAAUUGUGAUUUUCUCACACAUGUUCUCCAUACUUUCCGUUUUUACCAAGGAUCUUACCAAUAUUCCGAUUGGCUUUUGGAUUUUCUACAUCUAUGUGAUUGGCCAAAAAGACUGCUCGUGGUUUUGAUUUCAUGGCUAUCAUCUAAAUACCAUUAAAAAAUUCCUUCCGCCUCAAAUAGAUUGAAUGCAAAGUGUGUUUAUUUUAUGUGAAGGUAAAAAGCCUAUUUGUAGUUAAAAAAAGGGUACCAAAGUCCAAAAAUAACCCAAAGACAAAAAAAAGUUGUUUGUACACGUACAAGUCGGUAGUCAAUGUAGAUUGAGAGGAAGUAUUUGUUUCGUUAAGAUCCUGAUUACAGAGUCAGUAGUAUGUCAAAUGUGAGACGCAAUGUUUCAUCCGAUAUCCAGAACUGACAGAGCGGGAAUUGGAUUGAAGUGUGGAGUGUUUCAUAUAUCCGCUUCUCAAAUCAUCAUUAAUUCCUUGGAAAAGCCGUCAAAGUUUAAGUUGCUCACCAAAUUGUGUGGAAAUUUGGCAGCAUUUAUCGGAUAUUCUUCGUUUAUUUUUAUCGGUGUAAGUAGAAUAAGUAUAAUUGAAAAUAGAGUCAGCAUAAAGUGGGUAGUUGGGGGGUCGGCACUUGGGGUACUUA